AUGAAGAGCCCCGAGAAGCCCAGCAUUCUCUACAUUAUGGCGGACCAAAUGGCCGCUCCCCUUCUCUCCCUCUACGACGAAAACUCCCCUAUCAAAACUCCCAACCUUGAACGGCUGGCACGCGAGGGCGUCUGUUUCGAGUCUGCCUACUGUAAUUCGCCUCUCUGCGCCCCAUCCCGAUUUUCCAUGGUGACAGGGCAGCUGCCGUCCAAAACCGGAGGCUACGAUAAUGCGAGUGACCUGCCGGCGGACACGCCUACCUAUGCGCAUUAUCUACGCAAGGAGGGAUAUCACACAGCGCUCGCGGGGAAGAUGCAUUUCGUUGGGCCAGACCAGUUACAUGGAUAUGAACAACGCUUGACCAGUGACAUCUACCCGGGCGACUACGGCUGGACGGUCAAUUGGGAUGAGCCUGAGGUCCGUCCUGAUUGGUACCAUGAUAUGUCUUCCGUCCUGGAAGCCGGGCCCUGCGUCCGUACCAAUCAGCUUGAUUAUGAUGACGAAGUCAUUCAUAGAGCAACCCAGUACCUAUACGACCACACACGACACCGCGCUGGUCAACCAUUCUGCCUUACCGUCUCCAUGACACACCCGCACGAUCCAUAUGCAAUGACAAAGGAGUACUGGGAUCUGUAUGAAGAUAUCGACAUCCCUCUUCCGAAAACACCCGUAAUUCCCCACGAUGAGCAGGACCCGCACUCCCAACGAGUGCUGAAGAGCAUUGACCUGUUUGGCAAGGAAAUUCCGGAGCAGUGUAUUUUGGCGGCGCGCCGAGCAUAUUUCGCCGCUUGCUCGUACGUGGACUCGCAGGUGGGCAGGCUGAUGGCCACGCUAAAGGCGUGUGAUCUUGCCGAUAACACCAUCGUCGUGUUCACCGGCGACCAUGGUGAUAUGUUGGGCGAGCGAGGACUGUGGUAUAAGAUGGUAUGGUAUGAACAUGCGGCCCGAGUGCCGAUGUUCGUGCAUGCGCCAGGUCGUUACAAGCCAAAGCGCGUGAAGGAGAAUGUCUCCACCAUGGAUCUGCUCCCUACUUUCGCAGCGAUGGCCGGAGGUGAAAUCAACAAUCAUCUCCCCAUCGAUGGCGUCUCUCUGAUGCCAUAUCUCCUCGACAGCGACUCACGUGAAGCGGUUUCUGGGCUUAAAACCGACACCGUCAUUGGCGAGUAUAUGGCUGAAGGCACCCUUGCACCAGUUGUUAUGAUCCGUCGGGGACCAUGGAAGUUUAUAUACUCCCCAAUCGACCCGCCAAUGCUUUUCAAUGUAAAAAGAGACCCAACCGAGGCCGUCAAUCUUGCUUCCGGUAUUGACAUACCAACACGUCCACUUCUCAGCCUUAACGAGUCUCUUUCGCUCUCCGCCGCAAAACAACAAACAAAGCCCUUUGCAACAAGUCCCGCACCGCUUCCCACACCAAACAUCUCCCCACCCCCAGGUACACUCCAAGUCCCCUAUUCCACCGAGUACAAGACCAAUUCGGCACAAAUCCCCACACCACCCCGUUCGCCCAGUCCAGGCAAAGAAUCUGCGGACACAGGCACAGACGAACACACAGCCACCGACACCAACACAUCUCAAACCGACAUCCAAAGUCUUCUCUCCGCAUUUAUCUCGGAAGCCCAUUCGCGCUGGGACUUUACAGCACUUCGAGAACAGGUGCUGCACUCGCAACGGCGACGUCGCCUGGUCUAUUCCGCCCUUGUCAAGGGGCAGAUGACGUCCUGGGACUAUUCGCCCGUAACGGACGGCAGCGCUCAGUACAUCCGCAACCACAACAGGGGAGUGUUGGGGGAUAUCGAGCUCCUGAGCCGGUGGCCGAGGGUUGUGCAGUGGGGUGGAGGCGCGGGCAGAAACGGUGUCUGA